GUCAGAAAAGGUCAAAGCAUUCAAGAUGGCGAUGCUCUUCAGGGUAGCAGGUAGGCAUUAUGGCCUCCUGUCAUCCAAGCAGGUGUCCAGUCCCAUCAUGUCUAAACUAGUCCCCAUGGCAUCUGUGAAAGCCCUGACUACUAAACCUCCAAAGACUAUCCAAGAGGUGGCCCAAGGUGAAAUGCUCGAUUUCUGGAAGAAAAAUGAAACUUUGAAGAGACCCAUUUCUCCACAUCUUACCAUUUGGCGGAGCCAGCUGCCAAUGACACUUUCAUUUUUCCACAGAUUCACUGGAGUUGCAAUGAUUUGUGCAACCUAUGUCUUUAGCUGGGUGAUGCUGGCUUCCCCAGUGGAUUAUCAGUGGUACAUCACCUUCCUUAAGGACCUCCAUAUAGAUGGUUAUGCAGUGGGCCCAUCCUUUCUCUUUCUAGCCAAAUUCAUCAUUGCUUUGCCAUUUUGCUAUCACUGCAUCAAUGGAGUCAGACAUCUGGCCUGGGACCUGGGCAAGGGUUUUGAUCUCCCCACUCUGUACAGAACUGGCUACUUUGUCUCUGUACUCUCCAUUCUUGUUGCACUCUACCUGGCUUCACUGUCAUUCAAGGCACCAGAGUAAACUGUCUUUAUGUCCAUAA